AGAUUGAUUAUCAAUGGCAUUAGAUACAAUAAUGACAGAAACAAAUAAGCAAAGGCUUGGUUUAUUGAAAGAUCAAGUUCGAUUGAUAAAAAGGAAGGAUUCUGAGCGUUAUGAAAUGGUUCCAAUUCAAGAUAAAUUGUCAUUUGAAAAGGGUUUCUUCCUUGUAAUUCGUGCAUGUCAAAUGCUUGCACAGAAGAAUGAUGGAUUGAUAUUAAUUGGAUUAGCUGGUCCAUCUGGAGCAGGGAAGACAUUAUUUGCUGAGAAGAUACUUAACUUAAUGCCUAGUACUGCUGUUAUAUCAAUGGAUAACUAUAAUGAUGCUAGCCGACUUGUUGAUGGCAAUUUCGAUGACCCGCGAUUGACAGAUUAUGAUACAUUGCUUCAGAAUAUCUAUGAUCUGAAGGCUGGAAAACAAGUUGAGAUUCCUGUAUAUGAUUUUAAGGCUAGUUCACGCAUAGGAUACAGGACUCUUGAAAUUCCUAGCUCUCGCAUUGUAGUAAUUGAAGGUAUUUACGCCCUCAGUGAGAAACUACAACCUUUACUGGAUCUUCGUGUAUCAGUUACUGGUGGGGUUCACUUUGAUCUCGUUAAACGAGUGUUACGUGACAUACAACGCGCAGGACAAGAACCGGAAGAAAUUAUCCACCAGAUAUCUGAAACGGUAUACCCAAUGUAUAAGGCUUUUAUUGAGCCAGACCUACAAACAGCACAUGUUAAGAUCAUAAACAAGUUCAACCCUUUUUCUGGUUUCCAGUCUCCUACUUAUAUUUUAAAGUCAACUAAGAAAGUGACCAUAGAUCAAGUCAAGAAUGCCAUGGUUGGUGAAUACACAGAUGCAAUGGAGCAAACUUAUGACAUAUAUCUUCUCCCACCCGGUGAAGAUCCAGAAGCAUGUCAGUCCUAUUUGAGGAUGCGAAACAAAGAUGGGAAGUACAAUCUCAUGUUUGAGGAGUGGGUUUCGGACACCCCAUUUGUCAUAUCACCGAGAAUAACUUUUGAAGUAAGUGUGCGGCUUCUUGGUGGAUUAAUGGCCUUGGGUUACAAGAUAGCUGCCAUCUUGAAGAGAAACAGCCAUGUUUUCACGGAUGAAAGAGUCUGCGUGAAGAUUGACUGGUUAGAACAAUUAAGCCGUCAAUAUGUUCAGGUUCUAGGAAAAGACCGGCUCACUGUUAAGCAUGUGGCUGACCAGUUGGGAAUGGAUGGUUCAUUUGUUCCAAGAACUUAUAUUCAACAAAUACAGCUUGAAAAACUAGUGAACGAGGUUAUGGCUCUACCAGACGAUUUACGAACAAAGUUAAGCAUUGAUGAUGACCAAGUAUCAAGCCCUAAAGAAGCUCUUUACCGAGCUUCUUUGGAGAUGGUGGCUACGAGAAAAAAGAAUAUUAAGUGUGGCAUGUCUAGAUCAUUCUCGGCUCAAGGGGAUAAGAGUCUUUCAAAGGUUACUGGAUAUGUCAUGAACGGGCGUAGCAGGUUAGAAGAGGCAGAACAUGCUUCUGCAAGCCAGGGAGCAGUUACACAGUUGUCGGAGCAAAUCUCGACGUUGCAUAAUCGAAUAGACGAGCUGAAUUUACAGAUGGAAGAGCUGAGUAGCAAGUUGAGCAAUAAAGGGGAUUAUUACUCAGUGAGCCCACAAAGUGGUCUGCAAUCAGAAGUGUGUAAUGGAUCUGCUCCUACAUCUUACUUCAUCUCUGGAUUAGGAAAAGGUUCCAUAAUGCCUAAUUCCUUAUCAUGUUCUCAGUUAACAAAAGAUUCCCCCUUGAUGGAAGAGUUAACAACUAUUGGCCGAGGCCAAAGACAAACUGUCCAUCAGCUGGAGAAUUUAGGCAAUCUUAUCCAGAUGAACUUGAAAGAAAAGAAGAACUUAGGAAAAUCCAAAAGUAAAGUUUCGAUCGCAGGGAUGAUAGAACCUGUUCACGUUUCUUUGAUUCUAACACUGGCGAUUGGUGGGCUGGGAAUUGUCUUAUUCAAGGCGUUCCAACCAAGAAACUGAUCUCCAUCACUAUUAGAUUUUCUUUUCUUAUAUGAUUUGAUUUGAUUCAAGGCCAACCCUUCUGAUUCCAGGAAGAUUUUGUAGCUUUGGCUAUUUUUGUGUUUUUCUGAGUUAGUUAUAUUUCUUUAAAAGGCUUAACAAACUAGAGCAUAGAGAGAAAGAGAAGGCACACAAAUUUUCCAUUACAAAGAUAGUAGAGAUUGACAUGAAACCAAUU